AAUCCACCAACAGAUCUCGCACUUCUCGUUAUUCGUUAAUCUUCUUCAGUUCUUCAUUCUCCUCUCAUCUUCGGAAUUCCUAAGGGUGAUAUAAUGGCCGGAAAAGGUGGGAAGGGGCUUUUGGCCGGAAAGACAACGGCGGCUGCGGCGGCGGCGGCAGCCAGCAAGGAUAAGGACAAGAAAAGGCCGGUCUCUCGGUCUUCUCGCGCCGGUCUCCAGUUUCCGGUGGGCAGGAUUCACCGUCAGCUGAAGACCCGAACCUCAGCCCACGGGAGAGUUGGAGCAACGGCGGCGGUUUACACCGCCGCAAUCCUGGAGUAUUUGACGGCGGAGGUGCUGGAGUUGGCCGGAAACGCCAGCAAAGAUCUGAAGGUGAAGAGAAUCACGCCAAGGCACUUGCAGCUCGCCAUCCGCGGCGAUGAAGAGCUCGACACCCUCAUCAAAGGAACCAUCGCCGGCGGCGGCGUCAUCCCUCACAUUCACAAAUCCCUCAUCAACAAAACCAACAAGGAAUAAUCAACUUCUUCUUCUUCAGGGGCUCUGCCGCCUUAAUCCUAGCUUGCUCGUAUGCCGGUGUUCAUUUAGCAUAGUUUUCUUCAAUUUGUAGGCUUGUUUUUACUUUCAUUUGUUAGGAUUAACGAACAUUGUUUGUUGGAUAAGAUUAACUUUACAUUUGAUAUGAACAAUGUAUUACAUUGUAAUGCUAGGCAUGUUUAUCUAUUCUAGUACAAUGGUUUGUGAGUUAUUAUACAAAAAUUAAAUGAGAUUUAUUAUGUGCA